UAUAAUAUCUGCCCUAGACUAUCUGGAAGCCGACAGUUUAGAUGUUAUUAUAGGGUAGUUCUUAACAUUCUGGGUCAUUAUCCUGAUGUUAGAAUGCCUCUCGAUUACUAUUCUUCUGGCAUUUACCUAGGUUUACGACUUUACUGGCUGGCCUGUUUCAGCGGUAGGAUAGUUAGCAAUAACAACCGCACCAUACAGUGGUGGGAUAGAGUGCCUCACUGGGCUUUGCCCUUCCUUAGUACACUUUGCACUUCUCCUUUGCUCUCAGGGGGUCUGUGCUUCACCGAACGGGUGAUUUUCGCUGUUGAAAGCUUCGUCCUUUCUAACACCCUUCAUAAGCCUAUUAAGCCGAUAUCUACCUACGUCUUGUGCGCUAUCUCCUUGGUUCUAGCUCUAGUCGGCUUAGCGAUAGGAUCUAACUAUUUGAUUUUGGGCCGAGCCGUGGUGUUCUAUCUCUUACGGCGGGCAUUGAGGAAA